UUCCCAAUCAACGUUUUCGAUUGCUUGGUUCCGCCGAUGAUGGCAGCGCCGCCGGAAAUCGAGCGCGGAGGCCUUGGGGAUAGUGCGAAGCUGUCUUCCGAAAUGGAAUUUCAAUCUUCCGAAGGAAGGGGCGGCUUCGCACCGGGAGAAAAGACGGAUGCUUCUGCUACCAACGGCGAGCACGACGCCGUCGUUUCUGUAAGAGCAGGCGCGGAACUCGGUGUCGUCGGAGAAUCUGCUACUUGCGGAACUGACUUGGCCGGAAAAUCGGCGCUGUGCGUCUCUGAAUUAGUCGAAGAAGCUUCUGGUAAGGUGGAAGAGGAAACGCCUGCAAAGUGUUCGGAGAAAUGCGCGGUUAGGGUUGAAGCGACUAAUGGUACUGCAACGAUAGCCGCUUCCGAUGAUAGUUCUGAGAUGGAUGGGAAGCGCCAUGAAAAGGAGGGUAAGAAGGAGAAGCGGCCAAGACGAAGGGGAGGCAAGGGUAGAGAUAACAAGGAGCCUUCGAAAUGUUUUCCGAUUGAAAAGAAAGAGAAGGAAUUGCAGUACACGAGGAAGGAGAUGAACGCUCUGAGGUAUGAACAAUUGGACUACCAAAAGAAGAAAUGGAUCGAGAUUUUUUCAGGUUUCUCUCCAUCAGUGAUGCAGCAAUACGAGGAAUUGAUUGGAAAAAAACAUCAGAAGCAUGAUCCUCCGAGCAUCGAGUUUGAUCCUCGUCCCCAAUUCCUGAAAUCCGCAAAUCAGCCUGAAAAUUCGGAAAUCGAAGACGAAUACAGUGAUGAAGAAGAUGAAGAAGAAGAAGAAGAUUACAGUAGCAUUCAGAAGCCAGCAUUUGUGGUUAAAGGCGAGCCCGACUUCGAUUCAGGGCCUCCAUUAGACGGCCUAGAAUAUCUCCGGCGAGUGAGGUGGGAGGCAGCAAGGAUCCCAAACGUAAAAGUCGCCAAAAUCGACAAGAUCAAGGAGCAGAGUGUUUACAUGCCUCAAAUCCCCGACAUCGCGAAAUGCCCCAAAAAUCUACAGCCACUCAAAGAAUGGGAGGAUACUUUCCUUGCAGAUUUCUCUGAGCUAAGAGAGAAAUUCAGCGCAAACAGUUUGAUCCAAUCCAGUUCAUUGCAGGCGCACGAAUUUUUGGUUAAGAUUGUUGAAAGUGCAAACUCUGAGACAACUGACAGCACAGCUUAUACGGAUGAGUUGGGGAUACAAGAGCCUAUAGAAGAAAUUAAUCCCAAUGGUCGCGUCGAUGUUCCAAUGGUUUCGAAGAUUUUGGGAAUGGAACCGGCGGCGCGAGCAGCAAUGCUGAGGAGGCGAAUAAGCUCGGUGGAGAAAAUGGGCGGGGUGGCGAUUGAUGAUGGGCUGUGGUUGUUUGCUCUUUGUGCAGCUGUUGAUUGUCCCGUUGACGCCGAUACCGGCGCGGCGCUAAGGUCGUUGCUCCGGAAGUGUGCUGUUUUACGGGCUGCGAAAACUGAGGUUGAUGACGAAGGUAUUGUUCUGAAUAUUCUUGCGACAAUCUCCGGGAGAUACUUCGGACAGUUGGAGAAGUAA